GGUGUGUCCAGGGAAGGGUUGUCCCCUCCCCCGUCUGUGUGCAGCUUGGUACGCUCUUCCAGGCUCUGCAAUAGGAAUCGGGAGAGGGAAAGGAAGAAGAGGUGAGGCUGCUGAAGCUACAGCGUUUCAGGGAUCCUCUCCUGCAUACUGACAACUGCAAGGUACCUCAGGACUCCUUCUAGAGGACAUGCCGACACAGAGGGACAAUACCAUGUCCCAGCCAUCAGAACACGCCCACCAGGUCCGGGUUAAAGCAUAUUUUAAGGGAUGAAGGUAAAAAAUACCUUGUAUGCAAGAAGAAUAAGGAUUUUACCUUUUGCAAUACAGGUAUAGGAGCCGUUAUCUGGAAACCGUUAUACAGAAGGCUCCGAAUUAUGGAAAGUGACAUCAUGAUUACACAUUUUGAACCCUCCAUAUCCUUUGACGGGUUGUGCAAUGAGGUGCGGGACAUGUGCACUUUUGAGAAUGACCAGCCUUUUACCAUGAAAUGGAUUGAUGAGGAAGGAGAUCCAUGUACAGUUUCCUCUCAGUUGGAGCUGGAAGAAGCUUUCCGUUUGUAUGAACUGAAUAAGGAUUCAGAACUGCUUAUCCACGUGUUCCCUUGUAUACCAGAGAGGCCUGGAAUGUCCUGUGCAGGGGAAGACAAGUCCAUAUAUCGACGUGGAGCCAGAAGAUGGAGAAAACUCUAUUGUGCAAAUGGACACACUUUCCAGGCCAAGAGAUUUAACAGGCGAGCACAUUGCGCCAUCUGCACUGACCGAAUAUGGGGACUGGGGCGACAAGGCUAUAAAUGCAUCAGCUGUAAACUGCUCGUUCAUAAGAAAUGUCACAAACUUGUUACCAUUGAAUGUGGCCGACACACAAUAGCGGAACCUGUUAUACCAAUGGAUCCACCAGGCAUGCACUCGGAACACCAUGAACCAGAAUUUACCUAUAGACCAAGAAGCCAAGACAAUCUAGAUCAAGUUGGUGAAGAGAAAGAGGCAAUGAACAGCAGGGAGAGUGGAAAGACCACAUCUAGCCUCGGACUCCAAGACUUCGACCUUAUGCGUGUUAUUGGAAGAGGCAGCUAUGCUAAAGUUCUGCUUGUCCGGUUAAAGAAAACAGAGCGAAUCUAUGCAAUGAAAGUUGUCAAAAAAGAGCUUGUUAAUGAUGAUGAGGACAUCGACUGGGUGCAGACAGAGAAGCAUGUGUUUGAGCAGGCCUCAAACCACCCAUUCCUAGUUGGACUACACUCUUGCUUCCAAACGGAGAGCAGGCUGUUUUUUGUAAUUGAAUAUGUGAAUGGUGGGGAUCUGAUGUUUCACAUGCAGCGUCAAAGGAAGCUUCCCGAGGAGCAUGCAAGGUUUUAUUCUGCAGAAAUCAGUCUGGCAUUAAACUACCUUCACGAGCAUGGUAUUAUUUAUAGAGAUUUAAAGCUAGACAAUGUCUUAUUGGAUUCUGAAGGGCACAUAAAACUUACCGACUAUGGCAUGUGUAAGGAAGGGUUGAGGCCUGGAGAUACAACCAGUACAUUCUGCGGCACUCCAAAUUAUAUUGCUCCUGAAAUCCUACGAGGAGAAGAUUACGGUUUCAGCGUUGAUUGGUGGGCUCUUGGAGUCUUGAUGUUUGAGAUGAUGGCCGGAAGGUCACCUUUUGAUAUCGUUGGAAGCUCUGACAAUCCAGACCAAAAUACAGAAGAUUUUCUUUUCCAAGUCAUUCUGGAAAAGCAAAUCCGUAUUCCAAGAUCACUUUCAGUAAAGGCUGCAAGUGUUUUAAAAAGCUUCCUUAACAAGGAUCCAAAGGAUCGCCUUGGCUGUCACCCACAGACAGGAUUUGCAGAUAUCCAGGGACAUCAGUUCUUCCGCAAUGUAGACUGGGAUCUUAUGGAGCAAAAACAGGUGGUCCCUCCAUUUAAACCCAAUAUCUGUGGGGAAUUCGGUUUGGAUAACUUUGAUGCUCAAUUCACUAAUGAACCAGUGCAGCUUACCCCUGAUGACGAGGAUGUGGUGAGGAAGAUUGAUCAGUCAGAGUUUGAAGGCUUUGAAUAUAUCAACCCACUGCUGAUGUCUGCUGAAGAAUGUGUAUAAUUUAUAGGACAGCUCCACAGGACUUUCUUCUGCAGGGACAACCACUGUUUGAAUAUUAUCCUGGAAAGCACAAUCUGCAGUAUUGCUGUACCGCUUUGUGCUCAUGUAUAUCAGCUAUUUAAAGCUUUGAAUCACUAAAAUGUUUAUUGUAUGGACAGAAAAAAAAGACAUCUCUGGGUUCUUGAAAUCCAUUUAUCUGCUAGGCGCACUAUCUUCUGCCGAGGAUUCUGAUCGCCCGGGAAUUGAAAAUGUGCAGGGUUGUUUUUUUUUUUUUUUUGUUUUUUUUUCUCUCCAAUCUUGCACUUCUAAGAAUAUGAUAAACUAUUUGCUACUCCAUUCACACCUUUCACUGUUGUUAGAAAUAGUCUAGUAGAAUCUUGCCUACACUACAUAUGGAUAUACCCUUCUACUGGUAUAUAGAAAGAGUUCAUUAGAACCACUCCAUUUGCAGAGCAUUCCACUACCAGAUAGCUGUUUUUAUAACUUUGGAUACAUGCUCAUUAUUGUGCAUGGCAAGUGCACUUUACCUUUUUUUUUACAAUAUAUAUAUAUGUCCCAAAUAAGGCAUGCACUCACAGGUCUUAUCCAAGGUGAAAAAAUGGU